AUGAACAUGAACAGUCCGGCGAGCCGCUCGAUGCUCGGCGGCGAGACUCCCGCUCACGGCGGUCCCAACUCUGUUCUCGGGGGUCCGUCGUCGAUCCUGACGGGCCACGGACCCAACUCGAUCAUGGGACCCAAUUCGAUCAUCGGACCUGGAAGUGUCCUCAUGCCACAUUCAAUGCAACAGGCCUCAUCUCACCAAAUGCACAGUAAGUUGUAAAAUAGCGUUGUGAAUGAUUGAGGUUAUAUUAUCGUCAUAAAAAUGAAGAUGACAACUAUGCGAGACCAAUCCAUUGAAUUCAACUAGUCAUUCACCCCAUUGCCAUUCGUUUCAGGUAUGCAAGGUUCGUCGAUUCAAAUGCACUCUCAUCUCGCCUCCAAUCUUAACAUAAACCCGGCCUCCGUCGGACCGGACCGUAAUCCCGGAUCCAUUAUGGCUCACCACGACAACAACUUCAACCCGCCGUCGGUCGCCUACCAGAACCUCGCUAUUCCGAUGACUCCGCUGGCCUACAACAACUUCGAACGUGACUCUCUGAUGCAUCCGCCCGCUUCCAACAUUGCCGCCACAAUGGUUCCGCAGACGCCCGCCUCGCAGCUCGACAUACCGAUGCCCGCACUUCAGAACAUUGUGUCCACAGUGAAUCUGGGCGUGCAGUUGGAUUUGAAGAAGAUUGCGCUGCACGCCAGAAAUGCCGAGUACAAUCCGAAGCGAUUCGCCGCUGUCAUUAUGCGUAUCCGAGAGCCCCGCACGACUGCGCUCAUCUUCUCGAGCGGCAAAAUGGUGUGCACUGGAGCCAAAUCGGAGGAAGCCAGUCGAUUAGCUGCCAGGAAAUACGCGAGAAUUGUGCAGAAAUUGGGAUUCCAGGCAAAGUUCACAGAGUUUAUGGUAACUGAAAAGGGCAAGAAAUCGUGCUGACUCCAAUGUUCAGGUGCAAAACAUGGUCGGAUCGUGCGACGUGCGAUUCCCGAUUCAACUGGAGGGCCUGUGCAUAACUCACGCUCAGUUCAGUACCUACGAGCCGGAACUCUUCCCCGGGCUCAUCUAUCGAAUGGUCAAGCCCAGAGUCGUUCUGCUCAUUUUCGUAUCUGGAAAGGUACAAUAACUUUUUGAGCAGUCGUUUUUAAUUACCGAUUUCCAGGUUGUGAUCACUGGCGCCAAGACCAAGAAGGACAUUGACGACGCGUUCAGUCAGAUCUAUCCGAUUCUGAAGGGAUUCAAGAAGUAG